AUGGCCAUGGUGUCUGGGGGCUGGGGAGACCCCAACGGAGACACGAAUGGAAUGGGUAAGGGUUACCCCAGAAACUCGGAAGAGGAUGAAGCUUCGCCUCCCGGAGGAAUCAGCGACCCAGAGCAAGGGGACGAGGAGCGGCCCGGCAUUCAGGUGGAUUGCGUGGUCUGCGGCGACAAAUCCAGCGGCAAGCAUUAUGGCGUUUUCACCUGCGAAGGAUGCAAGAGUUUCUUUAAGAGGAGCAUUCGAAGAAACCUAAGUUACACUUGCAGGUCAAAUCGGGACUGUCAGAUUGACCAGCAUCACCGAAACCAAUGUCAGUACUGCCGACUGAAGAAGUGUUUCCGUGUGGGCAUGAGGAAGGAAGCGGUCCAGAGGGGACGCAUUCCUCCUGCUCAUUCCAGUGCAAGCCCUACUACCGCUCCAGGGGGUGGAGAAUAUUUUAAUGGACAGCCUGUUUCUGAACUCAUCUCUCAGCUCCUUCGGGCAGAACCCUACCCAACAUCACGUUAUGGAUCACAGUAUGCUCAGCAGGGCAGUGUUAUGGGCAUUGACAACAUCUGUGAAUUGGCUGCAAGGCUUCUUUUUAGUACUGUGGAAUGGUCCAGGAACAUCCCUUAUUUUCCAGAGCUUGCUAUGGCAGACCAGGUCUCUCUCUUGCGGCUGAGCUGGAGUGAACUAUUUGUGUUAAAUGCAGCACAGUCAGCCCUUCCACUACACAUGGCCCCUCUGUUGGCUGCUGCUGGUUUCCAUGCCUCUCCAAUGUCUGCAGACAGGGUGGUCUCCUUUAUGGACCAGAUAAGGGUCUUCCAGGACCAAGUAGAGAAGCUUAACCGACUUCAAGUGGACUCUCAGCAGAGUAUGCCUGCCUGAAAGCAAUUUCCCUCUUUACAUCAGAUGCCUGUGGCCUCACUGACCCAGCUCAUGUGGAGAGUUUACAAGAAAAAGCUCAAGUGGCUCUCACAGAAUAUGUGCGAGCUCAGUAUCCCUCUCAACCUCAACGUUUUGGCCGUCUCCUAUUGCGUCUACCUGCUCUCAGAGCUGUGCCUGCAUCCCUCAUUUCCCAGCUAUUUUUCAUGAGGCUAGUGGGAAAAACACCCAUAGAGACACUUAUCAGGGACAUGCUCCUUUCAGGAAGCAGUUUCAAUUGGCCAUACUCAGCCGGUCAGUAG